CUGACAUGCGGUAGAAACAAGGCAGAAAGUGCUAUAAAUCCAUCCACUUUGAGUGCUGUUUUCACCGAUUUAUUUAAAGUGGAUUUCUAUUUUAAAGUGUUCAUUCGAAAGUGAUACCAUUAUGUAUCAUUUUGAACUUCUUGCCGUAACUUUUACGUGUUUGGUUCUUUCUGGAACUGAAGUUUCAGGGGCCAGCCUUGCUGCGGAGUUCAAGCUAAAUGGUAUAAAUGGGUUUGUAGUUCUCACGGAGACGUCUGCCACCAUGAACUUGACCCUGACGACGGGUACCAUUGCAUCUGGUUCAUACUCGCUCAAGGUUCAUGAGCUUCCUGUUCGACUUGAUGUGAAAAACCCAUGUGACCCAGCCAAUCUGGGCCAAGAGGUUUCUACGGUGAUCACCGCUGCAACCAAUACUGACUUGUCAUCAGAUUCGGCUGUUUCUCUGACAACUUCUGUUGCAUUGUCCGGUACCAACAGUGUCGCAGGUAAAGCGUUGUUGAUUCAACAUGCGACUAUCCCAGCAACUCGCUACUGUGCAACAAUUGGUAACUCAAGAAAUAUGAAAACAGCACAUGCGAUGUUCCAGCACACAGUUGGCGGUGAGGUUAUCUUUCGCCAGGAUGUCAGCGGAGGUGAUGUUACUGUUUACGUCAAUUUAUUUGAUUUGGUGUCGCAGUAUAGUGGUGUGACAGCAAGUUGGAUGACAGCUUCGGGAAAAGUUGACGAAGAUGUGACCAUGAGAUGUGCUGGUGCCACUGGUGUCGGUGGUAAACUUGGUGAUGUGAACAUUGGUUCCACAUCGGGCACAGCGCGGGCUACUGCGACUUUGACCUCUGUAACCCUCAGCAGCUUCAUCGGGAAGCUUAUAAUACUGAAAUCAAGUGCUGGUGCAGUCAUAGCUUGCGCCGAGGUGAGGGAACUGAUGCCAAAAAGUGUCGAGAGUGUCUUCAGCAGUCUCGAGCUUCGUGGGAAAGUGACAUUCUUCCAAAAGUCCUGUUUCGACCCAACCAUGCUUGUUUUGAAUUUCGGAAACGUUGCAAGUGCCACUUCAUGGGGCAUCGCUCAGUUUCCUGUCCGACAACGCCUCACUGCAUCUGAAAACGUUUGUAGUUCUGCUGGGGCAACUUAUGACCCGUUUACCCAGGGUUCAAGUGCAGUAGGAAAACUAGACCAAAGAUUUGGUAGCCUUGCUUCUUUGGUAGUUGGUGGGAACAAUAAAGUUCUGUAUGAUAUGAACCUCCCCCUUUUUGGACGCCAUAGUGUCAUAGGUAGAUCUAUGACUGUAACAGUAGGGGCAGCCGUUGCCUGUGCGAAUAUCGGUUAUCCAAAUGGCGUGGGAGUCAAUGUGGGGAUCGCCACCUUCACCUAUCCUGUGAUUGGUCGUAUUGUUUUACGACAGAUCAGCAGCAAUCCACAGAGUGAGACAUCAAUAUUUGUUGAGAUGAAGUACCCAGAUGGAUCAACGGCAACUACAAAUCAUAACUGGCAUGUCCACGAAUCGAAUAUCAAGGCCGACUUUAUGGCAUCAACAGGCACGUGUGCCAAAACCGGUGGCCAUUUUAACCCAUUUGGCGCCAAUACCAAAGCUGCGCAGUACAGUAACUGUAACGCAGCCAAUCCGUUACAAUGUGAGCUAGGCGACUCGUCUAAUAAGCAUGAAACAAUCAACAUUGGUUCUGGCAGCGAUUUCGCUCGCUAUUUUUUCACCGACAUCGACCUUCCUCUCUCGGGUGUCAACUCUGUCCUCGGACGUUCCUUUGUCAUUCACAAAGAAAAUGCUGCUGCUGGGAGAUAUGCAUGUGCCAAUAUUUACCAUCAGCGGGAGUAUAAAGCUUCAACAGGCAAAUGGAGUGAUAAACCAGUUACCGGUAUGGUCAUAUUCAAACAGAAGUCGGCAUUUGACCCAGCAGAAGUCACCGUCAACCUUGACAACCUCCAGAGUGAGGCAGGGGGAUUUCACGUCCAUUUGUACCCCGUCCCUGAAGGAGCUGCAAGUCCUUGUUCAGCUGGCAGUGUCUCAGGACACUUUAAUCCGUUUUCGAAGACCACUUGGCCACCUGCGACACAGGGAACAGAUGACCAGUAUGAAGUUGGAGAUCUUAGCAAUAAAUAUGGAAUGCUGACAGGUUUGACUUCAAAAUCAGCUGCUUACACCGACACCAAUCUCGAUCUCUCUGGGCAACAAAGCAUUGUGGGAAGGUCUCUGGUGAUACACAAACUUGCCGGGAACAGCCGAUGGGUCUGUGCGAACAUCUCAUACAGUAAUGCCGAUGGACGAUACUUCCGUGCCAUGGCAAAGUUCGACAAUGGCGAGGUGGCCGGAUAUAUCAGACUGAGCCAGAUGGUUUGGCCCGAUGGAAGUCACACUGAUACCGCUAUAGAAGUUGACUUGUACUAUAAAGAUAACGCCACAAAAGUGACGAACCAACAUAACUGGCACGUCCAUGAGCAUCCCGUCUGGGGAGAUGACAACUCGAUCACUGGGAGGUGCUCAAGUACUGGACCUCAUUACAAUCCAUUCAAGGCUGAUACAACUGCGGCAAGCUACAAAACUCAGUGUAGUUUCACGAACCCUCUGGCGUGUGAGGUGGGAGACACAAGUGGCAAGACAGCCCGAUACGACAUUGGUGGUGGAAAGAAAUUCUUUACCGAUGUUUACACUCCACUUGCUGGAAACUUCUCUGUGAUGGGCCGUUCUGUUGUUGUCCAUGUUGCAAAUGCUGGUGCUGCACGAUUUGUUUGUGCCGAUCUUCUGCCAGAAACGACCGACACAUACAUGAUGACAUUCCCCAAAAGUACCUCACACAACAAAAAUACUCUGGUGGUGAUUCUGUCUAAUGCCUUGAAAACUGAUAGCUGGAACCUGGCCACGGAAUUCAUGUCUUCCAAAGAUGACUCGUGUCAGAGUGCGAUGGUUUAUUUCACAGGGUUUGAGUCUGCGGAACUGAGGAAAACCUUAAUCGACUUAGUGAUAGAUCAAAACAGUGUUCUUGGGACUUACACUCCGACCAAGGAGUGUGGAAAGGUGCCGCCAAACUCAGGACUCAAAUUGGUUGUUUCUCCGUCCUUAUUCCUUACGCUGAUCAUCAGUUUCAUCAUCACAAGCAGGAACUAAAUUCAGAACGGAGAAGUAAAAAGGAAACUUUCAUUGUGGACAACUUUGCUAGGAGGACAUCUUAUCUAAUACGGACACAGAUGAUAUCCUGAAUUGUUGGCUAUGUAGCAAUUAACCUCACUUUAUGUGAUCCAGUACUCACACAAGCUAAACAGUUCCGUAUACAUGUAUUUGUGAAGGCCAAUUCAGAACUAUUAUUUCACAGCUUAUUGUAGCGAAUAUCUUUCAAAGGGUUGUUUUUUGUCCACAUGUACCAAUCUAUCAGGUGCAAGCUUUAAGACUUUUCAUGUUUUCCUUCAACAGUGAAAAUGCUAUUUAAAGGGGAUGGGACUUCAGCAUAAAGUGAUGUUAUGUUCUGAUGAUAUAUUGUAGUUAUGCACUUCCUCAAUAGGUGGCAGUGAAAUCACUGGCGUGUAGAACUCGUCAUAGUAGAACUAUUAAUAUUCUUCACCAAGGGAAAAACCUGUUAAUCCAAAGUAUGAAUGAAAACUGCUCUAGGAUCUCUUAGAAACGAGGUUGCAGUGCGCACCUCGAAGGAGACACUGCUCUCUCGUGGUCGGCAUGAUCAAAUGCGACUCAUUCUCCAAAGCAGGGAUAAUAUUCAAGCAUAGUGUAGGACUACUAUCACUAGUACUAUCCACUGUGCCGGAGAAUGAAUGCCAGUUUGGAUAUCAUUUUUGAAAUUCCUAGACUCAAAUGUAAGGGACACUCCCAUUGGUCGCACUUACUUCUGGGCUGGCUUCUUCACCAAAUGAGGGCAAAGGUCUCAGGGGUUUGUUUGCUGGGCCGGAGAAGUGAACAUUAACCCCUGAUUUCCUCAGGAUUUGUAAACAUACCCAAGGCUUAAUAUCGUUGUGACCUCUUGUGUUGGGUAAAGAAGGGGGUCUGCAUGAGAAAUUUGAAUCCCCCUCUCUGCUAACAUGAGGCACACAAUAUUGCCUUGAUGUGGAUAUUCGGGAUAUGGUCUUCUACUCAGUAGAACUUCUAGUAAUAGAAGUUUUGAAAAAUGUUGGAAAGUCAAAGGAGGCUUAUGUUUCUGUAGCGGAGAUAUAUUCAUGUUUCAUCAACCAUGGUACCUCAAUGUCAGUUUAAUGGGAAGAAUUAUUCUUCAAAUCUGAAUUGUUGGCUGUGACACUUCAAUCUGAGAUACUCUAUUGUGAUAAAUGGUUUAAUUUUACCUCAUGAAGAUUAUCUGCUAUUUUUUCUGUAGGGAGGUUCUUCUUUCUACUACCGUACAUGUAUUUUGUGCUUUCAUGCAAUAAAUUAAAAAUAUAAGGUAUAUGUUCAGAAGUGAGGCUUCUAAUUGUUUAAUUUUCAUAUUGACUGUUUGUUCUGGUUUAAUUUUACCUCAUGAAGAUCAUCUGCUAUUUUUUCUGUAGGGAGGUUCUUCUUUCUACUACCGUACAUGUAUUUUGUGCUUUCAUGCAAUAAAUUAAAAAUAUAAGGCAUAUCU